AUGGCUCCCUCGACUACGAGCGUGGCAACGAAGGAACAGGUCCUCGUUCCUGAAACACUGCUGAAGAAGCGCAAGGCGCAGGAGAAAUCACGAGAAAAAAGCAUCGCGGAACUUGAGAAGAGAAAGAAGGCCAACAAAGAGAAGCGUGCGGUCAUCUUCAAGCGAGCAGAGUCCUACGUCAAAGAAUAUCGGGAUGCAGAAAGGGAGAAGAUUCGUCUGAACAGACUCAGCAAACAAGAGGGAUCAUUCUUUGUCGAAGCGGAGCCAAAACUCGUGUUUGUCAUUCGGAUCAAGGGCAGUAUCAAUAAGAUCGCACCAAAGCCACGAAAGAUCCUUCAGCUCCUCCGACUCAUUCAGAUCAACAAUGGCGUCUUCAUCCGACUGACAAAGGCCACCUCCGAAAUGCUGACCAUCGUCAAUCCGUACAUUGCGUAUGGGUAUCCCAACCUGAAGUCGGUUCGCGAACUCAUCUACAAGCGUGGCUAUGGAAAGAUCGAUAAGCAACGUAUCCCUCUUACCGACAACCAGCUUAUUGAGGACAACCUCGGUAAAUUCGGCAUUGUCUGCAUGGAGGAUUUAAUCCAUGAAAUCUACACAGUGGGACCCAACUUCAAGCAAGCAAGCAACUUCUUGUGGCCUUUCAAGCUCUCAAAUCCAACUGGCGGGUUCAGAGCCAGAAAGUUCAGGCAUUUCGUUGAGGGAGGUGAUUUGGGCAAUCGAGAGGAUAACAUCAAUGCUUUGAUCAAGCAAAUGAACUGA